UUAUGCGAAAGAUUUACUAACCAACAAGAUCGCAUUAAGUCUAUUAUAGAAAUUGCCAAAAAGGAACGAAAUAAUUUGUGUGAAGAUAUAGAAGAAUUAUUCUACUUAAUAUUGGGUAUGAAAGAUGCAAUUCAUGAAGAACUUACUAACUAUCUUUCAGUUAUUUUAGAAGAACUUCUUCUCGAGAAAAAUCAGGAAACAAAUGCGAUUGACGACUUGAAGCGGGUUUGUCCUAAUUGUUGUAAUAAAUUACCUACAAUUAGUGAAAUAAAUCAACAAUUUAUUGAACAAUCUAAUAUUAAAAAUACUACUGACAAGCCUCUAGUUGUUUGUUCUUAUAGGUUUAAAGAAUUAGAUGUGCAAGGAUCGGUUCUAAAGCUAAUAGGGUAUUCUGAAAGUGAAACCCAAGAACCUCGUACACGUCCUGGUUUUACUGGUGAAUCAAGUCGUUAUCGGGCUCGAAUAAGAAAAACCCAAUUCGUAAAUCCAAAAGCUAACAAUCGUGUUUUUCAAGAUAUAAGUGGUGAACAAAAAAUAAGUGAAGAAAUGAAACGAUUUAGCGAAAUUGCGAAUAUAAAGAGAAUCGAAUUUAUUAAAGCUAAACUAAUUAACAAAACGGCAUUGGAGAUUUGGCAUCCAAUACCUAUAACAUGUGAAGAGGCGGAUUGUCAAAAAACCGAAAGCUCUUUAACAAAAUCGCAACUUUCAUCUAUUAUUAACUCUUUAAUUCCUUCUUUAGGUGAUUCUGAUCGUCCGCGUUUUCGAGGUUUAUCGAGUAAAUCUCGUAACGAUUUAAUAAAUAUUCUUCGAGAGAUUAGAAGUGUAGUGGCCGAAAAUAGUAUUAAUAUUGGCA